GCUCUGUCUCAGGUGCUUCGUGACGAUACAAGAAGACCUGCUGACAUUUGGAUUUAACCUUAACGAAGUGAUAAUAUAGUAAUUUUUAUAAAGAAUAAGCUACACAUCUAUUAUUCAUUACAACACUGGUGUGAAGGUAAAGCUGAUCCUGUUGGACUUCAGUGGGGGGGUCGCUUUUGGAAGAUGCAUUCCGCCCGAUAUGAAUACAACGGCCGCAAUGGCCGUCACGAGCAGAUUGACUUCCUUACCAACAAAGAAAAGCCGUCGUCAAAGCGGAAGAUCGGCAUGGUGAUCGGGGCUGUGGUGGCUUUUCUCAUCCUUGCCGCCGUUGCAGCAUUCCUCAUUUGGCUGUUUCUCUUUAAAGACGCUGAUUCAGAAGGCAGUUAUAAUAUGCGGCUCGGGCCUUCAAAGCAGGUCUACAGUGGGCAUAUGAAGUUGGUUGAUGUACCGUAUGACCAGAAGCUGGAGGACACCAACAGCAAGGAGUUCGGCAAAUUGGCAGACAACCUGGAGGCACUACUUUUACAAAACUACAAGAAAGAUCCACUCCUCGGAAAAUACUACAGCCAGUCUGUGGUCACUGCUUUCAGUGAGGGUGUCAUCGCCUACUAUUGGUCCGAGUUUAUUAUUCCUGUUGAAGACCUGGAGAUCGAGCCGGAGUUCUCAGAGGAGCGAGUGCUGGAGGUGUUGGAGAAAGGCAUGAAGGAGCAGCGCAGCCUUGGGAACCCCAAGGAUAUCAAGAUUAGUGAAGUCACAGCCUCAGCCACAGAUUCCCGCAUGGCCAGGAACCCCAGAGCCAAUGAGUGUUUCUUCCGUCUGGAGGCUUCCGGCACGGCAAAGACAUUUCAUUCACCAGGCUACCCUAAGGGCUAUCCCCCCAAGUCACGGUGUCAGUGGCAAAUACGAGCUUCAGAGGUUGACGCCAUAAUGGUUUCUUUUACUUCUUUCCACAUCGAGGAUGACUGCUCAGAUGACUUUGUCUCCAUCUAUGACUCUUUGAGUCCAGAUGACUCGCAGGCCAUCACAGACAGGGUCCCUGCUGGGAAAGAGGUACGCCUGAGGUUCACCAUGUUCCGCAUGAAAGAGCCUGGGGUGGAUAUCCGUGUAUGUCACAAAGACUAUGUGGAGGUGUUGGGCACCAAGUAUUGUGGCGAAUUGUCCUCUUUGGCUCUGAUCAGCAAAAGCAACGUCCUAGAGGUGAUGUUUCACUCCGACGAGUCCUUCGCUGACAAAGGCUUCAGUGCCGAGUACAGCGCUUACGAUCCCGCAGACCCUUGCCCCGGCAAGUUUGCCUGCGCCUCCGGCAUCUGCAUCACAAAAGACCUGAAGUGUGAUGGCUGGAAUGACUGUGGUGAUAUGAGCGACGAGAUGGAGUGCAAGUGUGAAACUGAUCAGUUUAGUUGUUCCAAUGGCCUGUGCAAACCGAAACUCUGGGUGUGCGAUGGAGUCAACGACUGCGGAGAUAGGAGCGAUGAAAAGAGUUGCAGUUGUCAGCCGAACGAGUGGCACUGUGGUAACGGGGAGUGUUUGUCUCAUGACGUUGUGUGCGACAAAAAGAUAAACUGUGAAGAUGGAAGCGACGAGGCCUCUUGUGAAACCUCUCCAGGCGUCUGCUCUGAGUUCAGCUUUAAGUGCGGGAACAGCGACUGUGUCAACAAGGUGAAUGCCGAAUGCGACCGCGUCAAAGACUGCUCUGAUGACUCAGACGAGGACAGCUGCUCGUGUGGCACCAGGCCGUAUAAGCUGAACCGCAUCGUGGGAGGGCAGAACGCUGCCGUGGGGGAAUGGCCCUGGCAGGUCAGCCUUCACUUCCUGACCUAUGGGCAUGUGUGUGGGGCCUCAAUCAUAUCUGAGAAGUGGAUCCUCUCCGCCGCCCACUGCUUUUCAACCACCAGCCCAGAGAAUCAUGUUGCCUCCAACUGGCAGACCUACAAUGGCAUGCAGGACCAGUACAAGCAGGAUGGAGUGCAGCGCCGUCCAGUGAAGAAGAUCAUCACCCACCCAGAUUACAACCAGAUGACCUUUGACUAUGACAUUGCACUGCUGGAGCUCAGCGAGCCGCUGGAGUUCACCAACACCAUCCAGCCCAUCUGCCUACCCGCUCCCUCCCACAUCUUCCCUGCAGGCACGUCCUGCUGGGUCACAGGCUGGGGCGCGAUGCGAGAAGGAGGUUCAAAGGCUCAGCUACUGCAGAAGGCGAGUGUGAAAAUCAUCAACGACACGGUGUGUAACGUUGUCACCGAGGGCCAACUCACCUCCAGAAUGCUCUGCAGUGGAUUCUUGUCCGGAGGAGUUGACGCAUGCCAGGGAGACUCCGGGGGUCCCCUGGUGUGUUUCGAGGAGAGUGGGAAAUGGUUCCAGGCCGGCGUCGUGAGCUGGGGCGAGGGCUGUGCUCGUCGGAACAAGCCGGGUGUUUACACGCGCGUCACCAAGCUGGUAGACUGGAUCAAGAAGGAGACAGGGAUUUGAUGAGCUCGGUAGGAUCAGAAAAGGGACACAGAACGGGGAACAACUUGAAAGUGCUAAAAAUAAUGGAGACGGAACUUUGAGUCGUAUUCAGGACAAGUCUCUCCAAGAUCUAUUCAUGUAGCAGCAGACAGCUGAGGAUACUGCUGCACCGACCCAACUACUCUCAUGAAUGACCUAAAGCAACUUAUUUUAUGUAGACGAAACUCUGCAAAGUGUCUUUUGACACACAUCAAAAUAGUCAUAUUUCACUGGUGAAUGUAUCCUAAGAGAAAAUGAGGAAAUAUACAUAUUCUAACAAUUUUGUUCCUAAUAUUUUUCAAAUGUAACUUUUUAAGAUGGAUGGAGAAACUGAAAAGGUUAUAUAGUUUAAAAAUAAGGAAAUAUGUCUCUUUUGGCUCUCUUGGGCUGCAGUCAGUUUGGAACUGUGCCAGUCGGUUAAUGCUGUAAAAAACUAUAAAUUGAGGUUUUUAUUAAUCGAAUAUCCUAUCAGACCGUAAAUGGGGUUCGGCCUAUUUGCAACAAACAAGUUAUCUACAUGUAUUUUCCAAAGCAUUGCAUAGGUUUUUAUAUUGAUUAAACUAUUUUUAUUUAGCCAUUAGUCUCAGUUUUUAUCAGUAAACAUGAACUUUUAGCGCUGUCUGCAUUGCCAUGUAUUUUUUAUGAUAAAAACAAAAGAACAAGAUAAAGAAUCAUCAUGAUGCUCAAAUCCAUGCAGGGGCAUUUUCAUAACAUACAAACAUUUUCAAGCCAAAAAGUCAUGUUUGGUAAACCGAAUUGUACCAACUGUACGUUUCUUUUUGAGUUGUUGUUGAUCAAACCAGUGGUCAUAGUCAUAGAUCAGUAUUUGUAUUACAUAUUUACAGAUGCUUACUCGGCUUGUCUGGUCUGGAGUUUCCUCUCUUUGGUCACUGCAAACUCAGUGAACUUUUAAAUCUCAAAUUUGACAGGAUGGGUCUUUUAUAUUUGCUCUUAUCUGCGAUUAUUCCUGCAAAUAUUGUUGUCUGGAUAAGCAAAC